AUGCCUUCAGCAGGGGCAGAGUCAUGUAGCAAUGAUGACACCAUUGACUUCUGUGAUAAUGUUCCCUUAGUCUGUGUCCAGGAAGAGCUAGGAAGUAAAUGGUGUAGCAGGGACAAACAUGAUAACAUCAUCACUUCCUGCACUUAUAUCACCAGGAAACAGCGUCUCCUUGAUUUCUCUGCGGUGAGGGCCAGGAAAAGAGCUUGCUUGGAGCCCUGGGUUAUUGGCCUCCUCACCUUUAUAUCCCUGAUAGUCCUGGCAGUGUGUAUUGGACUCAUUGUUCAUUAUGUGAGAUACAAUCAAAGGAAGACCUACAAUUACUAUACUACAUUGUCAUUCACAAGUGAAAAACUAUAUAAAGACUUUGGAAGAGAGGCUUCUAAAAAUUUUACAGAAAUGAGCAGAAGAAUUGAAUUAAUGGUGAAAAAUGCAUUUCAUAAAUCUCGAUUAAGGGAAGAUUUCGUCAAGUCUCAGGUGAUCAAGUUCAGUCAAGAAGAAAACAGAGUAUUGGCUCAUAUGCUGCUGAUUUGCAGAUUUCGCUCUACUGAGGAUCCUGAAACCAUAAAUAGAAUUAUUCAACGUGUUCUACCUCAAAAGUUACAAGAUGCUGUAGGACCCCCUAAAGUAGAUCCUGCAUCUGUUGAAAUUAAAAAAAUCAACAAGACAGAAACAGACAAGUAUCUGAACAACUGUUGUGGGACACGAAGGAGUAAAUCUGCAACAGAAAGUCUCCGGAUCGUUGGUGGGACAGAGGUAGAAGAAGGUGAAUGGCCGUGGCAGGCCAGUCUGCAAUGGGAUGGAAUCCAUCGCUGUGGAGCAACUUUAAUUAAUAGCACCUGGCUUGUGAGUGCUGCUCAUUGCUUUAGAACAUAUAAGGAUCCAGCCAGAUGGACUGCAUCUUUUGGAGUAACCGUAAAGCCUCCAAAAAUGAAACGAGGCCUCCGGAGGAUAAUUGUCCAUGAAAAUUACAAAUACCCAUCACAUGAGAAUGACAUUGCGGUUGCAGAGCUCCCUGUGCCCUACACAAAUGCCGUACACAGAGUUUGCCUCCCUGAUGCAUCCUAUGAGUUCCACCCAGGUGAUGAUAUGUUUGUGACAGGAUUUGGAGCACGGCAAAAUGAUGGGAGCAGUCAAAAUCACCUGCGGCAAGUACAGGUGGAACUUAUAGACACUAAAACUUGCAAUGAACCUCAAUCUUACAAUGGUGCCAUAACUCCAAGAAUGUUAUGUGCUGGCUUCCUUAAAGGAAGAAGAGAUGCAUGUCAGGGUGACUCCGGAGGACCACUGGUUAGUCCAAAUGCUAGAGAUAUCUGGUAUCUUGCUGGAAUAGUGAGCUGGGGAGAUGAAUGCGGGAAACCCAAUAAGCCUGGUGUUUAUACUAGAGUGACGGCCUUCCGGAACUGGAUUGCUUCCAAAACUGGUGUCUAAGAGAGAAGAGCCUCGUAGAACGGAACACAUUUUUGAUGUAUAGGCCAUUUGUAGAGAUACGGAAUUACAGAAGAAGCCUUGCAAGUCACAGGAUCUGGCCCGUCUCACUAAACCGCUCCAUACGUGUAUUUCCU